AUGCGCUUUAACACUUUCUACCUCUCUGCGCUUGUGGCUAUGCAAUCCCUCAUCACAGGGGCAUCACCUUUGGAAAGUCGUCAAGGGUGCGCUGUCCUGACGCCUGGUCAAUAUACAAUUGCAUCGGCCGGAACUGGGUGGAAAUUGCGUCCUUAUCAUCAUUCUCACGCUCCUCCAGCGAUAAACACUCUUGAGGAGGAACCAACUGGACAAUUGGGCGUUUGGUCUAUCACCUCCGCGCCUCAAUCCGCCUACUAUAUUACCAAUGUCGGAGAAAACGCGCCGGUACUUACGCUUCAGUACGGGGGAGCUCCUCAGCCCUAUACUUCCUGGGGCGCAUCCCCCGUUGCCUUUGCAAUUCAAUGCGCAGGAAAUGGAAAAUAUGUCAUCAAGAAUCCAGUUGCGGAUGAGGUUUGGACGGCAGAACCAGGGGCAUGGGUUAAGAUUCUCGGUGCUAACGGAGAUAUCAGCCAGCGCUUCGUCUUUACUGCUGUCUAG